AUCCGUUUUGUAAGAGCGACACAUACAUCAUGUUUUUUAAAUCAAUUUUAUUAAGCAUCGCAUUGCAGUUAGCUUGUGUGACUGCCUGCCCUACCAUUGUCAGUAGAAGAGAAUGGGGUGGAUAUGAUCCAUUCCAAAUAAUAAGGUUCCCUGGGCCAAGAGAUAUUGUUAUUAUUCAGCACACCGUCACAGCCAGAUGUACUACAGACUCGGCAUGCAGAACUAUGAUACGGAGCAUCGAAGACUACCACGUGGAUACUUUGAACUACAACAGCAUAGGAAUGAACUUCUUGAUUGGUGGAAAUGGAAAAAUUUACGAAGGUGCCGGCUGGCAACAACAAGGAUCUCAUACUCGCGGAUAUAACCAUAGAUCUAUUGGAAUAUCGUUUAUUGGAAACUAUAAUCAUGACCAGCCAUCUGCUGCCCAACUGAAAGCAGCGCAGGACCUCAUUCGUUGUGGAGUACAACAAAGGCAUCUCAGUUCUACCUAUCACCUUGUGGGCCACAGACAACUCAUGGCGACUGAGAGUCCCGGCAGAAACCUCUACAGAAUUAUUCGCGGUUGGCCCCGUUUCUUAGCCGACGUCUCAUCUAUAAGAAAUUAAAAAAUUGUACUCUUCGUGAUCACCCAAACUGGAUUUCUUCCCAUAGUGAAACUAACAAAAGAGUCACUUCAAUAUAUGAAUGAAUAAAGUUUUUUUAUUAAAAUCAAUCUUGUGUGUUUACA